AUGCUACUCAUGGCAGUAAUAUUAACUGCUCUUUUAACAAGGGCAGAUGAGCCUGUUUGCAGUUUGCGAGGCAGACCAGAAUUGCCUCAGUUUUCAAAGGAUGGAGACAUUACAAUUGGAGGAAUCUUUCAAUUACACGACAACCUUGUAGAGACCAAACCUGCCUUUAAAGGAGAGCCUGAACCACUAAAAUGCAAAGAUGUAGAUUUCAAAGAAUUACAAUCAGCUCAAACCAUGAUCUUUGCAACUGAAGAAAUAAACAACAGGACAGAUAUACUCCCUGGUAUUUCACUGGGUUAUAAGAUAUACGAUGAUUGUAGUUCCAUAUCUUUGACUAUAAGGGCAGGGAUGGCUUUAGUGAAUGAACAAGAAGAACAACUGUACUCUAACAAGUCCUGUACCAAAACAUCUACUGUCCAUGCUAUAAUAGGACCCUCUAGUUCUCCACCAGCUAUAGCAAUUGCAACAACAACAAGAGCUUUUCACAUACCAGUGAUUAGUCACUUUGCAACAUGUGAAUGUCUGAGUAACAGGAAUAAGUACCCUUCGUUUUUCAGAACCAUACCAAGUGAUUAUUAUCAAAGCAGAGCCCUGGCACAGCUUGUGAAGCAUUUCGGAUGGACUUGGAUUGGGGCAAUUAGAAAUGAUGAUGACUAUGGGAACACAGGAAUGGCUACCUUUGUGAAAGCAGCCCAAGAGGAGGGGGUUUGCAUUGAAUAUGUAGAGACUAUUUACAGAACGUAUCCAAGAGAAAAACUAAUUAAAACUGUAGAUGUUAUAAAAAAGUCAUCUUCAAAGGUUAUUGUAGCUUUCACUUCUUAUACAGAUUUUGAAUUUCUGGUUAAAGAACUGUUGCUUCAGAAUGUUACUGGUUUUCAGUGGAUAGGCACUGAAGCUUGGAUUUCUGACCUUGCAGCAGGAGAAAGUUUCAGAGUUCUGGGGGGGGCACUGGGUUUCGUAGUCGGUAAUGCAGCAAUUACAGGUUUGGAGGAGUUUUUAAUGAAUGUCCGUCCAUCUGACACCCCUGGGAAUUCAGGCUUAAAAGAUUUUUGGGAAACUGUUUUCAGUUGCACCCUGACUACCCAAGACAAGACUGCAUCGGUUAAUCCAUGUACAGGGUCUGAGAAUUUAGCAGAGGUAAAGAAUCAGUACACCGAUGUAACUGAUCUAAGAACUGCCAAUGAUGUCUAUAAAGCUGUGUAUGCUGUAGCCCAUUCACUACACAAUCUGUUUACAUGCGAAAGUGGCCAGGGACCUUUUGCUGGUAAGACAUGUGCAAAUAAGAAGAAGAUUGAACCAUGGCAGGUAGUGCAUUAUCUGAAAACAGUUAAUUUCACUACCAAGAAUGGAGAGAAUGUUUAUUUUGAUGAGAAUGGGGAUCCAACUGCAAGAUAUGCAUUAGUUAACUUGCAACUCAAUAAGGAGAGCAUCACACAAUGUGUCACAGUUGGACUCUAUGAUGCAUCUUUACCAGAAGGACAAGAGUUUACUAUGAAUAACAUCAUUAUUGUUUGGGCAGGUGGUCAGGAUAAGGCGCCUAAAUCAGUGUGCAGUGAGAGCUGUCCUCCAGGCACUCGGAAGGCUGUUCAGAAAGGAAAACCUGUUUGUUGCUUUGACUGCAUUCCAUGUGCUGAAGGAGAAAUCAGCAAUCAGACAGAUUCUAUUGCUUGUGUGACAUGCCCUUUGGAAUACAGGUCGAAUAACCAAAGAAACCAAUGCAUCUUAAAAGCGAUUGAAUUCCUGUCAUUUGGUGAAAUCAUGGGGAUGUUGCUGAUGAUCCUCUCAUUGAUUGGGGCUUGUUUAACCACUGCUAUAGCUAUUGUUUUCUUUCGUUUCAGAGAUACCCCCAUUGUAAGAGCUAAUAACUCUGAACUCAGUUUCCUUCUUUUGUUUUCAUUAGCUCUGUGUUUCCUUUGUUCACUUACUUUCAUUGGCCAGCCCUCUGAGUGGUCCUGUAUGUUGCGCCACACUGCCUUUGGGAUCACAUUUGUCCUGUGCAUAUCUUGUGUUCUGGGGAAAACAAUAGUCGUGUUAAUGGCGUUUAGAUCUACACUUCCUGGUAAUAAUAUGAUGAAAUGGUUUGGGCCCGCCCAGCAGCGGCUAACUCUUUUUGCAUUCACAUUCAUUCAGGCCUUAAUUUGCACUCUUUGGUUAAUAAUAUCCCCUCCUUCUCCAAACAAAAACAUGAGAUCCUACAAAGACAGAAUCAUUUUAGAGUGUGACCUGGGAUCUGCGGCAGCAUUUUAUGCUGUGUUAGGGUAUAUUGGGCUUCUUGCUGCCAUGUGCUUUGUGCUCGCUUUUCUGGCUCGUAACCUACCAGAUAACUUUAAUGAAGCGAAAUACAUUACAUUUAGCAUGCUCAUAUUCUGUGCUGUUUGGAUCACUUUCAUCCCAGCUUAUAUCAGUUCACCUGGGAAGUACACAGUUGCUGUAGAAAUAUUUGCAAUUUUAGCUUCCAGUUUUGGUUUGCUCUUCUGUAUUUUUGCUCCUAAAUGUUACAUUAUAUUAUUUAAGCCUGAGAAGAAUACAAAAAAACAUUUGAUGGGAAAAGGUCCUUCAAAGUCACUUUGAAAAAAAAUAAUAACAAUGUUCUAAAUAUGAAAACAUGGUAUUAUUAUUAUUUAUUUCUUAGCAGACGCCCUUAUCCAGGACGACUUACAAUUGUUACAAGAUAUCACAUUAUACAUUAUUUCACAUUAUACAGAUAUCACAUUAUUUUUACAUACAAUUUUAUACAGUUGGGUUUUUAUUGGAGCAAUCUAGGUAAAGUACCUUGCUCAAGGGUACAACAGCAGUGUCCCCCCACUGGGGAUUGAACCCAUAACCCUCUGGUCAAGAGUCCAGAGCUCUUCUGUAUUUUUGCUCCUAAAUGUUAUAUUAUAUUAUUUAAGCCUGAAAAGAAUACAAAAAAACAUUUAAUGGGUAAAGGGCCCUCAAAGCCACUUUGAAAAAAAUAAUAAAAAUGUUCUAAAAUAUGAAAACAUGGUAUAAAAACACAUUCAGUCAAGCACUGCAGCCCCCGCAUUAGGUAACACAGGUCCUUUUUCAAAGACAGCUUCAAAGUUGCUCUUAUACAGCGUGCUUGAAGAUUCACUUUUAAAAAACAAUAACAAUAUAUACAUGAAAUAUAAAAUGGGAAUUACAUUAUACCAUGUUAAUCAUGUAUACAUUUUUUAUAGGUACAGUAUUAGAUUUCAUAAUAGCCUGUAAGCCAGCACACUGUAUUAUCCAGCAGAAUUUUCUGUUCCCAGGUUAGACAGAUUUUACUGUACACUAUUGGAUGUUACAAAUUCUGUAAUACGUUUUACAAAUGCUCUCUUGUUAAGUGAAUGGUUUGUAGGCUUCAUAUUUAGCCGAGAUAUUAAUUGUUAGUGUUUACAUCUAUCUUUAAUUGUUUAUUUCAAUACUGAAAUGUUUCAGGCCACUGAAUGGAGUGCAGACAAAAAAAGGUCACAGGAAAAUAAACAUUCAGCUUUUUCUGUUGACCCUAAAUGUUUUUAAUAUAGAAAACAGGAGUUGGAUUGUAACAUCUACAUUUAGCUGCUCUAAUGUAAACUACAUACUCAUUAAAAUGUGUAAUUGAUCUAAUUGCCGUCUUGUGUUUACUGUUUUUAAUAAGCACAAUUAAAAAGCUUUAAUACUGUAUUUACUGCAACUUUACACCACCUCCUAGAUAUAUCACUGGUGAUAGGCUUCAACAG